AUGGCCGAGUUGUUGAGCCAACACAAGAUCUACCAUGAGGGGGCCUUUCACCCACCACAGGGUACCUUGGACAAGAAGAACUGGACCGACCUUCAAGUGGUCCUGCGCUGUUCCAUCAGGAACGUCACACCAACCAAGCUUUCGCUCUCGGAGGGCAAGGCUGCGGACCCAGCCGCCGCUGCGUUAACUUUCGAGCUCAACGUCCAACAAAGUUGGUCGCGCUCGCCGCAGCCACUCACGCUCUGCACGAGUCUCACGAUCCUCACCAAUCGCGGCCGGGGAGGACAAUACAUGAAUUGGCAGGGCGAAGGACCAACAAAGAUCCUUCCACACACAUUUGGGAAUGCUAGGUUCACGAGAUGUGGCAGGCGUGAGAGGCAGAAUCACUCCUACGUGACGGUGCCUCCCGGCGACGAAGGGUUGACUUUCCAAAAGGGCAUCUCAUGGGGGUCGCUGCUGCGUCCGUACGGCAGACCUCUCCCAGAGAAUGUCGAACCUGUAAUCGGAGACCGGUAUGAUCUGGUUUUCGCCAAGAAUGAGCGUCGUGAGCCGUUCACGCAGUGGUGGAACUUUGGGGACCUAGAGAGCGAUCUGAAGGACAAGAAGUUGGUGCACUACAUGCCUCGUCCGGAUCCGGCUCCGGUGUCAAGCGGCGAGGAAGACGAGAGCCCCCAGUUUUCACCCGACUCCGUAGUGUUGCCGUUCAAAGCAUGGGAGGACUAUCGUGACGAGGACCGCGACACUUUUGUCCGGUUGGCGGUUCAUUUUGAUACUACUCCUGUGGAAAUAGUGUUCGUGGAGUAA